AAAAUGUUCUUGUUUUCCACAACUCAAACCCCUCAGAAAAGUAAACAUUAAAUCCUUAAAAACACAAAACCAUCAAAAUGAAUAAACCUUCAGUGGUCUCUUUUCUCAUCACUCUCCUGUUAGCUGCAGCUGUCUGCAUCCAAGGAGGCGAACCGGUGAAGGAAACUGUUGGAAAUUAUCUUAAAACCGAUCAACAAUACUACAUCCAGCCAGUCAAUACCAACUUCCCCGGAGGUGGUCUUGUCCCAGCCCCCCCUACACUAGGUUCCUUAUGUCCACUUGGCAUCGUCCAAACAGCACUUUAUUACAUACCAGGCGUACCUGUUAGCUUCUCAACUCCAAACGCAAUCAUGGAAACAACCAUUUCCACAGAUGAUUAUGUAAACAUUGAGUUUAAGUCCAAAAUUUGGUUCUGCGAUAAGUUUUCCAAGUUUUGGAAAGUCGAUGAAUCCUCAUCAGCUGCCGAAGAGCCUUCCAUUCUCGUUGGUGGUACAAAGCAGGAACAAAAUAGCUGGUUUAAGAUUGAGAAUGCCGGAGAAGGAGCCGAAGCAAACACCUACAAGCUGACCAGCUUUGCCGGACCUGUUGGAACUAAGCUAGGAACUUUCAAGGUACCACAACUAGUUGUCACCAAUGAUAAGGCUAAAACCUUACUCGUCAAAUUCAAAAAGGUUGAUGAAGUGACUACCACUACUUCUACUUCACGCAUUGAGAAAUUAGGUCUAGGAAUGUUCCCUUUCUACUAGUCAACUGGUCACAAUCAUGUAAAAAAAAGCCUGAGGCUCGUCCAUAUGGCCAAAAAUAAUGGGUUGAAAUAAUACCCACAUGCAAGUUUCUACUUUCCAUAAAUAAAAUAAAGUUAUCCUUUCCAGCGCUUGUUA